AUGUCCACCUUCACCAACGCCGCCACCAAGCUCCGCCAGACCCUCGAGCAGGGCAAGGACCUCAUCAUUGCUCCUGGCGUUCACGAUGGCUUCUCCGCCCGCAUCGCCCAGCAGGUCGGCUUCGACUGCCUGUACAUGACCGGUGCCGGCACCACCGCCUCCCGCCUCGGCCACGCAGACCUCGGCAUCGCCACGCAGGCCGACAUGGUUGCACACUCGUCGAUGAUCGCGUCCCUCGACCCCUCGAUUCCCCUCAUCGCCGAUGCGGACACUGGCUACGGCGGGCCGAUCAUGGUGGCGCGGACAGUGGAGCAGUACGCGCGCGGCGGCGUAGCGGGCAUGCACAUCGAGGACCAGGUGCAGACGAAGCGGUGCGGGCACCUGGCGGGCAAGGAGUGCGUGGAUGUGGAAGUGUACGCGGCGCGGAUCCGGGCUGCGCGGGAGGCGCGCCGCCGGGUCGGCAGCGACAUCCUCAUCAUCGCGCGGACGGACUCGCUGCAGGGCCAGGGCUACGAAGCGGCGGUUGAGCGCCUCAAGGCGGCGCGUGACGCCGGCGCCGACUGCGGAUUCCUCGAGGGCGUGACGUCGAAGGACAUGGCGGCGCAGGUGGUCAAGGACCUGGCGCCCUGGCCGAUGCUGCUGAACAUGGUGGAGCACGGGGCGACGCCGACGAUCUCGGUGGACGAGGCGCGCUCGAUGGGCUACCGUAUCAUCAUCUUCCCGUUUGCGACGCUCGCGCCGGCGUACACGGCGAUCAAGGAGGGGCUGGAGAAGUUGAAGAAGUCGGGCUUGGUCAAUGCGCCCGAGUUCUUUACGCCAAAGUUCUGCUUCCAGGUCUGUGGUCUGGAUGAGAGCAUGGCGCUCGAUGAGGCGGCGGGUGGCAAGUCUUUUGGCGCCAAGGGUGCGUAG